CGCCGCCUCUCCCCCGCCCCCAAAUCCACCCUCACGCCGCCGCCGUCCCCCUCCCCUCCCCAGAGUUUCUUGAUCCAGCCCCGCCCCCUUCACGCCCUCGCCGCCACCACUGAGGGCGCCCGACCCUCCCCUCGAUCUCAGAUCGCAUGGAGCUCCCCCCUCUCCCUCCUCAAAGCUCCCGCGUCCCACCGUCGAACUCGGGCAGCCGAGCGGCAGGGGCGUCCCCGGCGCCGUCGAUCCCGGCCAUGGCCUACAGCCAGUGGGUGCAAGUCCAGUGGCCCGACCGCCCGCCCCCACACGCGAGCCUCGCGGAAUCGACCCCCCUCCGUCCGCGACAUGCUGCGGUGGAGAGUUUCCCUUCCCCGUGGCGACAGGUGCUGGUGGCGGUUGCACCGUGGCGCUCGUCUCCCGGCCUGCUCCGACGCGGCGCAGACCUUGCCGGAGCCGCCGCAGACCUUGCCGGAGCCACCGCGGGACGAGACGCCGAGCUCGAGCUCGGAAGCGUCAGAGCCACCGAUUCCUGAAGACCCGAGGCUGGAGGAGAUUCGAUCGGAGCUGCUUGAUUCCCCGACGAUGCUGGAGCAGCUGGUGUUGUCCAGCCCAGAGUCCUCCGCAUUCGUGGUCCGCCUGCUUGUCGAGGGGGACGAGCACGGGCACAUACGCCAGAGCGUGCUUGGCGGGUUCGUGCACCGCGCGCACGGGAUCAUGGGGAACAGGCAGGAGCAUGCGGUGUUCCAAGCGCUGCUGCGCUUCUCCCAGUGGCGGCACGAGGAGCUCAGCCACAUCAUGGACGCCGCCGUGGAGCCCAACCUCGUCUCGAGGACCAACGACGGUUGGAGUGACUUAAUCGAGCGCUACGAGGGCAUAAAAUCAUGGUGGAUAUCUAAAACUGUUGGCGGAUAUCGCAACGUUGAGGCAUGAGCGUGACCACCUGGAGGCCAGCGUGAGGAGGCAGACAGGAGAAGACCUGCCGUCUGGCGCAACCGCGGCAGAGCUCCGCGGUCUGGAGCACAAGCUAGAGUGUGCGCUGGGUAAAGUCCGUGAAACGAAGGUAUGUGUGCUGUUACAACACCCUGCACUGCACAAUAUUCACCUCGGCUCGCAUGCCACUCUCAGUACAGG